AUGUCAGGGUCGGAUGACGAUGAGGUGGUGCGCGUGAGUGAGUCCAGCGACGUCGAGUGCGACGGCGACGACAUUUGCGACGAGGAGGACGACAAUGACGACGGCGAUGACGACGAUGGCGAUUGGGACGAGCAGGAGGGCAGCUCGAGCGGAGAGGAGGGGGCAGGGGGCCGGAGGAAGCAAGGCAACGGCAAGGCGGCGACCAAGGCAGCUGCGACCAAAGCAGCGGCGACAAAAGCAGCGGCAGCGAAACGCGUGCAGCGAGGAGCGAGCGGCGUGAGGAGCGUUGGACGGCGAGCGAGGCGUGGAGCGAGGGGGGCGAAGAGCGAGGAGAGUGGCGACGAGGAGCCGUCAGUGGCCGCCAUCAAGGCUGCCAACGUGGCGGCCGUCCUCAGGGGCGACGUGGAGGUGUGCAGGAGGGCGCUGCUGCCGCGCAUGCUGUCCGUCUCACAGGACGCGGCCGUGCUGCGGCGCCCCUUCAAGUCGCCGUGUCCCGGCGCCACCACCAACGCCUCCCCCGAGCUGCUCCGGCGCCUCGCUGCAUGCCGCCGCUUCGUGGCGUGGGGAGGGGGCGUGCACCGCCGGCCCCUGCUCGUGGCGCCCGCGGGGGACCAGGGCGAGGGGGAGGACGCGGAGGAGGGCGAGGCAGGGAAAGGCGAGGAGGAGGCGCAGGCAGCGGCGGCAGCAGAGGCGGGGUAUGAGCCGCUGGUGCUGUGGGUGCCGGAGGAGGACCCCUUCCACGCGUGUGAGGACUCACAGCCCAUCGCCGUCGACCCCAUCCUCGCCAAGUGCCUCCGCGCCCACCAGCGGGAGGGAGUGGCGUUCAUGUUUGAGUGUGUGGCGGGGCUCAAGGACUUCCACCAGCAGGGCGAUGAUGACCAAGGCUGCUACGGCUGCAUCCUCGCAGACGACAUGGGGUUGGGCAAGACGCUGCAGUCGAUAGCGCUGCUGUGGACGCUGCUGAAGCAGGGCUUCGAGGGCCCCAAGGGGCCACCGCUGGUGCGGCGGGCGGUGAUAGUGACGCCGACGAGCCUGGUGAGCAACUGGGCGGCGGAGCUGGACAAGUGGCUGGGCGCCCGCGUGCGCUGCGUCGCACUCUGCGAGGCCACCCGCGCCGACGCCCUCAAAGGCAUUCAGCUGUUCCUGGCGCCGCGCGGCACGCACCACGUGCUGAUAGUGUCGUACGAGACGUUCCGCAUGCACGCCACGGCGUUCCACCACGAGGGGGCGUGCGACCUGGUCAUCUGCGAUGAGGCACACCGACUCAAGAACGACCGCACGCUCACCACGCAGGCGCUGGCAGGUCUGCCGUGCAGGCGCCGAGUGCUGCUCUCCGGCACUCCCAUGCAGAACGAUCUGGAGGAGUUCUACGCCAUGGUGUCUUUCACCAACCCGGGCGUGCUCAGCAACGCCGCCCACUUCCGACGCCACUUCCAAGCGCCCAUCCUGGCGGGGAGGGAGCCGCAUGCAUCGGAGGAGGAGAGGGCGCUGGGGGCGCAGCGAUCUGCCGAGCUCAGCGACCGCGUCAACCAGUUCAUUCUGCGCCGCACCAACGCGCUCCUCUCCAACCACCUGCCUCCCAAGAUAGUGGAGAUAGUGUGUUGCCGCAUGACGGACCUGCAGCGCCAGCUGUACGAGCGAUUCAUACACUCCAAGAAUGUGCGCACGGCACUGGAGGAUGGGAAGAAGGCGCGCGCACUGGCGUCCAUCACGGCUCUCAAGAAGCUCUGCAACCACCCCAAGCUGCUGUACGACUCCAUCCGGGGCGGCGGGGCGGAGGCAGCUGGCUUUGAGGACGCUCUGCCGCUCUUCCCACCCGCCAUGUUCAAUGAGAGGAGCGGGGCGUGGACGGGGGGCGGCGGGGCGUGGGUGCAGCUGUCGGGCAAGAUGGUGGUGCUGGCGCGGCUGCUGGCGCACCUGCGCACGCGCACCACGGACCGCAUCGUGCUCGUCUCCAACUACACGCAGACGUUGGACCUAUUUGCGCAGCUGUGCCGGGAGCAUAAGUACCCAUUUGUGCGACUGGAUGGAGGCACCUCCGUGGGCAAGCGGCAGAAGCUCGUUCAGCAAUUCAACGACCCCCAUGCCGACGAGUUUGUGUUUCUGCUGAGCAGCAAGGCGGGCGGGUGUGGGCUGAACCUCAUAGGCGGCAACCGACUCGUGCUCUUUGACCCUGACUGGAAUCCCGCUAAUGACAAGCAGGCGGCGGCGCGUGUGUGGAGGGACGGGCAGAAGAAGCGCGUGUUUGUGUACCGCUUCCUGGCCGCGGGCACCAUUGAGGAGAAGGUGUUUCAGAGGCAGAUGGCGAAGGAGGGGCUGCAGCAAGUGGUGGAUAAUGAGAAGCAGAGCGAGGGGCGCGCACAGGUCAACCUGCUAUCAGCAGAGGAGCUGAGGGACCUCUUUGUGCUGCGCUCCUCCACCCUGUCCGACACGCACGACUCGCUCGGCUGCCAGCGCUGUCCCUCGCGCCCCUCGCUGCAUGCUGCUGGCAGGGGAGGCUGCCACGUGGGGGCGCAGCACAAGGGCGGAGGUGCAGGUGGUGGUGGGAAGGGGGCGAAGGUGGAGAGGCGAGGGGGAGGGUCGCUGGAGGCGCUGGCAGCUGUGGCUGCUGGGGAGGGCGAGGGGGGGGGAGGAGGAGAGGGAGGAGGAGUAAGAGGAGGGGAGGAGGAGGAGGGGGAUAGGGAGGAGGGGUCAAGUGGAGUGGAGAGUGGUGGCAGGGAGAAGGCAGAGGCGGAGGGGAGCGACGAGGACGAUGUGCAGGCGGGGCGGGGGAGCAACGGCGGGGGGAAAGGGCAGAACGAGAGUGACAUUGGGGGCUUUGCAGCGGUGGCAGGGGUGGCGGGGAAACUGAAGGAGUGGGAGAAGCAGGUGGGCAACCCAUUGGAGGAGCAGCUUGACCAGUGGGCGCAUCACAGCCGUCCAUCCGCAACCAUCCCUGACACAGCAUUGCAGAAGGCAGCCUGUCUCGAUGUGACGUUUGUCUUCUCCUACGACGACGCGAGGGCUGGCGACAAUACCGACCUUCGCAAACAAAUCGUUCAGUCGGCGCCGCGUGCGACAGUGGACGAGUUGGCGUCGGCUUCCCAGAUGGCGCGGCUGUCGGCGCUAGUGUACCACCGCGACCCCGCGCCGCACGUGAGCGCCUUGGGGUUGACGCUGCGCGCGUGCCAGCAGACGCCCUUCACGGCGUACAUGGUCGUCGACUCGCCGCCGUGCCCGCGCGAGGGCGGGCGCACGCGCUACGUGAUAGCGCGCGGCGUGGCGGUGGACCGCAGCGAGGUGCACCUGGGGCGGCUGUGGCGGCAGCUGCUGCAGGUGCGCCCCGUGCACCUGGAGCGCGCGCUGACGCCGCCGGGCGUGGAGGUGCUGGUGCAUGGCGGCGUGCACGCCAUCGCGGAGGACGUGUACCGCGGCGUGCUGCCGCUGCUCGCCGCUGACAUGCGCCGCGAGGGCAUCACCCACCUGCGCUUCGGAGGGCACUCGCUGGGCGGGUCGCUGGCGCUGCUGCUCAUGCUCAUGUUCCACCUGCGCUCGCCCAACACGCGCGCAGACGCCUCGCCCCUCCACCUCUCCGCGCACACCUUCGGCUCCUUCCCUGUCCUCGCGUCGCUCUCCUCCUCGCCCUCCCCCUCCGCCCCGCACAGCCUCUCCCACCAGUUUGCCCACUCGUCGGGCGACCUCUCCCGCCUCCUCGCCUCUGCACACGCGCACCCCUCCUCCCCCUUGCUGCACCAUGCUGCCGGCCGCCCUGCCGCCACCGCUCACACCACCGCCUCAUGGCCCCACACAGCUUCGCCCCAUCUGCAUGCCCCUCCCCCCGGCCUCCUCUCCUUCCCUCAUGCACCGCUGCUCCACCCCUCCUCGCCGUUCAGCAGCAGCAGCAGCAGCAGCAGGGGUGCAGCGCGGUGCAGUGUGCUGGCGAGUCUGGGCCUGCCAAGCGAAGCAGCGAGGGCGUUUGUGUUGGACCGAGACAUCAUCCCGCGCGCCUUCCUGCUCGCCCACCCCCUCUGUUCCGCCUUUGCCCGCACUCCCCUGCUGCGCUCGCUGCUGGGCCUGCACCCCUCCACCAGCGCCCCACCGCUCUCCACGGGGCUGUCCUGGGACCCGCUGGCCUUCCAAGCAGUGGGCCUCGUGCACUACAUGCAGGCAACAGGGUCGGAGUCGAUGGUGGCGAGCCUGCCGCCAGCGCUGGCGGAGAAGGCGCUGGCGAUGGGCGUGGGGGAGCUGGUGCGCGACCCGCUCAUGCUGGCGCGCUCCAUCCGCGACCACUGCUUCAACCACUACGUGCACUUCCUUGACUCUGCGCUGCAUGCUGCCCGCCAUACCACACUCGACUGA